CCUUGAACAGAAGCGCCGUAAGGUUUACUCAACCUAACCAUACAUAUUCGGGUGAGCUAAAUAGGAAAGGUCACAUGGUAACAGGCUAGGGGUCAAUGUACAACCAGCGAAUAACAUUACAACAAAGAAAUCGGCGACAGAAGCCAUGUCAAAGAACAUUAGUCAGGAAAAUAGUGGUUUAGACAGGAACUGCCGAAUUCAACGCCGAGAUGACGCUACUGAAAAUGCGUCUUUGUUGCGUCAUCCAAAGACACAAAACAGUUUGGACAAUCUGACAGAAAAAGAAUACGAGGAUGUCAAAUGUGGAGAUAUCUGUGCGGACUUUCAAUGCACAAGAACUGCUCUCCUUAGUUAUUUCUUAUCGUUGUUUCCAAUCGUAAGAACCUUACGUCAUUAUGACGUCAAGAACGAUCUCCUCAAAGACGCAAUCAGCGGUUUAUCUACCGCCUGUCUCCAUUUUCCUCAGGGUAUGGCAUUCGGAAUACUCUCCUCUCUUGCUCCUAAAUACGGACUUUUCACUUCGUUUUACCCCGUUGUUUUGUACGUUAUUUUCGGUACAUGCCCGUUUGUGUCGAUCGGUACCAACGCUGUGAUUGCUUUGUUCACGGCAAAUCUCGUGGAGAGUCACGUGACGAUGCCACCAUCCCACACAGGGGGCACAAACAGUACUAACGACAGCAUGACGUUCGUACAAGUGAACGAUGUAGACUUUGUGGAGGCCAAGGCGGCUCUCGCUGCAGGUUCUUCCUUCAUAGUCGGUGUUUUACUUCUGGUUUUGGGAUUACUCAGACUUGGAUUUAUUUCAUCAUAUAUGUCUACCCCAUUUGUAAGUUCAUUCACGACCACUGCAGCCAUCCAUAUUAUCACAAGCCAAAUACCAAAGGCAAUCGGUGUUCAUAUACCAUUAAUCAGUGGCACAGGGAAACUAGUCAUUACCUAUAUUGAAAUUUUUAAAAAUAUCACCACUGCUAACGUAGGUUCAGUAGUAACGUCCAUUAUUUGCAUCAUUGUCUUGAUUUUUGUAAAAGAUUUUAUAAACGAAAAGUUUAAAUCAAAAUUGUAUAUGCCUAUUCCCAUCGAAUUAAUUCUUGUGAUCUGCGGAACUGUUGUGUCAUACUUUGGAAAGUUAAACCCCACGUUUGACAUUCCUGUUGUAGGAAGUAUAGAAGCUGGACUCUCUCCUCCAUCGUUACCGACACUCAAACCCGGUAUUAUAGGAGAUUCUGUCGUAAUUGCUAUUAUUGUGUUUGUUCUCACCAUCUCGAUGGCAAAAGUCUGCGAGACAAAAAAUACCAUCAAUACGAACCAAGAACUAGUGGCUUACGGUAUGACCAAUCUAGGUGGUUCUUUUUUUCGAUGCUUUCCAUCCUGCGUUGCACCACCUCGAACUAUUUUGCUGAAAACCAUGGAAGCAAAGUCCACUCUCAAUGGAAUCUUUUCUGCUGUCAUUAUUUUGCUCAUUCUAUUGUUCCUUGGAGAAUAUUUUCAAUAUUUACCUCUACCUAUUUUGUCCAUCAUGAUCAUAAUGUCAAUCAAGAACCUCCUCUUACAGUUUCGACAAUUACCAAGGCUGUGGAAACUUAACAAAUAUGAUUUUACCGUCUGGAUAGCUACACUUCUUAGUGGUGUGUUCAUCGACUUUCCAUAUGCUUUGUAUUGUGGCGUGGGUUUAAGUAUAUUCCUUGUUGUUUAUCAAAGCCAGAGAGGGAAAUUUGGGCUGCUUGGAAAAUUGAAGAAUGAGGACUUAUACGUGGAGGAAUCACAACAAACAACUUCAUAUCCGAACGUGAAAAUUUUCAAGAUGGAAUCAUCACUUUAUUUUGCUACAGCCGAAUCAUUCCGAGAAAAUUUGUAUAGACUUACUUGGGAUCCCAGAGGGAUGGGGAAGGACCCAGAGGAAGUAACGGUGACAGUCAACAAAACCCCUGCCCCUGACGGCCAACAAACCGCAGAUCUAGAGUGUGAGCGUAUGGAAACAAAGUACGUUAUUAUAGAUUGUUCGUCAUUCAACUAUGUAGACCUAACAGGGAUGUCGGCUCUUUCUGCAGUUGUCAAGGAAUACAGACUCGUUGGAAUCGAGGUUCUACUAGUGAGAUGUACAAACAGUCUCUUGGCCUUGAUGAAAAGAUCAGAACUUUUGGAAACGGUGGGAAAGGACCAUGUCUUUCCUGACAUCGUCGAUGCCAUCACUGUAACAGCUUCAGAUAAUUACUAGUACGAGGGUCAAUCAAAAAAUACGAAGACAAUGUGGCUGUCAAUCAUAUAUUUUUCAUUAAAGUCAACACUAUCAGAUUUAUCUGUGCACCAACACUUAUGUUAUUGAUGUGUGAAGUUUUAGUCCAUUUGAUGAAACGGUAUUUUUGUUACCCCUUUUUAAAAACAACAUGUUUUGUCACCACGGCGCACGGUAACGUUCAAAACAUGACGUCAAUAUUAAACACACACAGUUUAUAGAUAAACCCCAUCUUUAUAUCACGCUUAGUCUCUUGUGCCUCUCUUCUUACAAUUUAAAAUUGCACUGAACCACUUAACAUCUUAUUUGCACACAUUUGUUCGAGAAUCAUAAGUUAGUUCUUCAAAGUUUUCAUUUUCUAACAGUCUAUCUCUUGGUUUACUGUAACGAUAACCCUGAACGUCGGUUGACGUUACUUAUUUUUUUAACAAAUAUUUACAGAUAUUCGACUCUCUUUCGGACUGUUUUAUAUUCAAAAUACAAUUACCACGACUCCCACAAAAUUUUUUACAGUUAAACACAAACUUGCAAAUAAUUGUUGACUUAUUUUUUUGCACCAUUGAGCAUUUUCACAGCUUGUGUCGGCUUUUUCCUGGGUUAAAUCCAUUUUGUUUGUACCUCUCGUUGCGCCGUGACGUCCGGCGACGUCGAUGUUUUUAGUCAAUUCUAAAGAGGACUAUCUGUCGUUAGUAACUAAUAUCUGUUCGACAAAACAAUAUAUCCCGUCUUUAUUUGGAACAUAGAAUACCGAGACAAAACUUAAUUUAAGGUUUCAAUAUUAUUUGAUUUUAAGCCCAAUUUAUAGAGAUAUUACUUUCAACAUUAUAUGGUUUAUUGUUGACAUAACACAAAUUUUGACCGUGCGCCGUGACCUCAUUUUUGCAGGAUUAGAUUCUAAAUAAUUCUUAGAAAUAAAGGUAUUUAUUAACUUUUUUUCUUGCAAAUUGUUUGAAACUGUUGUUAAAUUAUGUCUACCAAAUUUAGUAAUGAUAUGACGUUAAGUAACAUAGCUAUGACAAAAGUCUUCGUAUUUUUUGAUUGACCCUCGUAGUUAUGUAUAUCUUAUUUAGAAGUACGUGACCUGUUUUUAGCGUUUACAAUGAACAAUACAAGGUUCUGUUUCCUUUUAGUUUAAGAAAGCUAAAUUUACAACAAAUUACCCAUCAUAUCUACCUGUAAAAUUUAGAUUUGUAUAUUUUUAUCUUCAUACAGAACUUUUCUUCCGAAGGGAAUCAAUAUAGUCUAACAAUGCAAAUAAGCGCAUCUAGCAUCUUAAAUUUCUAAAUACCAUAAGCUUCAACUUUUCUCAAGCAACCUCAUUUGGUGCAGUGAAAUAGAAAAUCCAUCACAAUUCCGUUGGUUUUUAUUUCAUUUCUUUAGUCAUUUGAGGUAUUAUACUUUUUUGGAGAAGUUUUUGAUAUCAACUGCAACUGUUCUCUUGAUUUAUUUUAAGAUACAGAAAAUCCAUGCCAUCAAUCAUUUUAAAUUUAAUAAGUUUCAUUUUGCCAAAAAUUGACACACGUAGUUACCCACCAAGCCAAUAAUAGUGCAGAUAUCUCUAAGCAGCGGCUGUCAGAAAAUAAAUAUUUCUCCUAACCGGCACCAACCGUACACAAGACCAUAUUAUGUAUAUGUAAUUUGUUACCAUGUCGGCACGAGUAUCAGGAUGGCCAAAAGCGGCUCUUGCAGCCUCGGGAUCUUCAACUUUAAUUCGUCGGUGUUAAAAGAUUGCACAGAAUGGGAUCUUUAAUCGACCGUUGCUAGAGCUAGUUAAAUACAUAUGUGUAAUUUUCUUGGUUUUUUAUUUUAUCAAAACAACUGGCAAUACAAAUUGAAUGUACACACAAGUCAUCCGAUUUUAAAUAUUGUUGAAAAUUUGCACUUGAUAUUUUAUUAAAGAACCUUGUAAAUAUGCAUAAAGAAAAUAAAAAGACAAUUUUU